AUGAGGUUCGUAGGGUUCAAAUUUGCCGUUUUGUUGACGCUUUUGACAUGGGUCCAUGCCAUUGAAUUAACCUUUCAACUGGAAAACCAGGAACAACAAUGCUAUCAUAUAGAAGCUCCAUUCACCGGUGAAAAGUGUCAUUUUACAUAUGCUGUUCAAUCUGGUGGCUCUUUUGACGUCGAUUACAGUAUUACUGCCCCAAGCAAAAAGACCGUCGCUCUUGGUAAGAAACGACGCCAGGCAGAUAUUUAUUUCAGUUUGGAAGAAAAGGGAGAAUACGACAUUUGUUUUGAUAAUCACAUGUCUGCUUUCACUGACAAAAUUCUCACUAUGGAGUUGGUAAUGGAAAACGAGAUGUCUCUUCCUUCGCUUAACCGUGAUCCACCAAAAAAUUAUAAUCCCAACAGCAUGCAAGGGACCGUUAUGGAAAUUUCUACAGCUUUGUCAGAAAUUGACCGUAUCCAAACCUACUUUCGCACUCGGGAAAGCCGUAACUUUUCUACCGUCCAAUCUACAGAAUCUCGCAUCUUAUGGUUUAGUAUCGCAGAGGCCCUUAUGGUUGUAGGUCUUUCUUCUCUUCAAGUUUUUAUUGUGAAAACCUUUUUCAAGCAUUCUGGUAGAAGGGGUGUCUAA